AUGUCCGAGUACGGCCCGGCCGCGCCGCGCCCGCUCCGCGUCGGCUUCUACGACAUCGAGCGCACCCUGGGCAAAGGCAACUUCGCCGUGGUGAAGCUGGCCCGGCACCGGGUUACCAAGACGCAGGUUGCAAUAAAGAUUAUAGACAAAACGAGGUUAGACCCAAGCAACCUUGAGAAAAUUUAUAGAGAAGUUCAGAUAAUGAAGCUUUUGAAUCACCCUCACAUUAUCAAGCUUUAUCAGGUUAUGGAGACAAAGGACAUGCUUUAUAUUGUUACUGAAUUUGCAAAAAAUGGAGAAAUGUUUGAUCAUUUGACUUCCAAUGGGCAUUUAAGUGAAAGCGAAGCUCGGAAGAAGUUUUGGCAGAUCCUUUCAGCAGUGGAAUACUGUCACAGCCAUCACAUAGUGCACAGAGACCUCAAAACUGAGAACCUCCUCUUAGAUGCCAACAUGAACAUCAAGUUAGCAGACUUUGGGUUUGGAAACUUCUACAAAUCAGGAGAACCCCUCUCUACCUGGUGUGGAAGCCCACCUUAUGCAGCUCCAGAGGUUUUUGAAGGCAAGGAAUAUGAAGGCCCUCACCUUGAUAUCUGGAGCCUUGGUGUGGUGCUGUAUGUCCUCGUCUGUGGUUCUCUCCCUUUUGAUGGACCCAAUUUGCCAACCCUGAGACAAAGAGUGCUGGAGGGACGAUUCCGCAUCCCCUACUUCAUGUCCCAAGACUGUGAAACACUAAUUCGACGGAUGCUGGUUGUGGACCCAACCAAACGAAUCACCAUUGCCCAGAUAAAGCAGCACAAGUGGAUGCAAGCAGACCCUUCUCUUCAGCAGCAGCAGUCUUUGACCUUCUCCAUGCAGAACUACAACUCCAAUCUGGGGGACUAUAAUGAGCAGGUUCUUGGAAUCAUGCAGGCUCUUGGCAUUGACAGACAGAGAACAGUUGAGUCACUACAAAACAGCAGUUACAACCAUUUUGCUGCAAUUUAUUACCUUCUCUUGGAGCGCCUCAAGGAGUACCGAAGCAGCCAGGUGUCAAAUCGUCCAGCGACUGGCCGUCAGCAAAGGCCAAGGAGCUCGGAGCUCAGCAACUUUGAAAUGCCUCAGGACAGUCUUGCAAGUGAAUCCCUGAGAUCAUCUCUGCUUUACCAGCAACCUCAGAACCUGAUUCAGUCAUCCUUGCAGGGAGAAAUGGAUUGUGACAUGAACAAUCCAUUACAGCCAGUGUUCUUUCCUGUAGAUCCCAGCUUCAGUGGUUUGUUCAGGAAUUGCUCCAUCUCUCCCAACAGCCUUCUGGAAACCACCAUUAGUGAGGAAGUGAGACAGGAGAAAGACCUGGAGGAGGAGAUUAAGGCUUACAACCCCCUUCAUAUUCCCAACAACACCAGCAGGAGGCACACGCUAGCUGAAGUCACUACUCAUUUCUACCAACAUACCCCUCCAUGUAUAGUCAUUUCUUCUUCAGCAAGCCCUACAGAGGGAACGAAUUCAGACAGCUGCCUACCUUCAUCUUCAAAUGAGGGCACGGUGGCUCUGAGCAGCUGUUUGGCAGAUCAAGUAAUGACAGGUAACCCAGCCACAGCUAGGAUGACAUCGCCAUUUCUGACUUCUCAGUCUGAUACUCCAGUGUUGCAAGCUCAGGGCUGUAUGGGAGGUGCUGCUUUGCUGCCUGUCAGCUUCCAGGAAGGAAGGCGAGCAUCUGAUACCUCAUUAACUCAAGGCUUGAAAGCAUUUAGACAGCAGUUACGGAAGAGUGCUAGAGCCAAAGGCUUCCUUGGUCUGAAUAAAAUCAAAGGCUUUGCUCGUCAGGUCUGUCAAUCCUCAUCAGCUCGGGCAGCACGAAAUGGCAUGAGCCCUUUCCAGCAUUCACAGCAGAACACCUGCAUGUACAGCAGUGGGGGAAGCAGCCGAGAGAGCAGAAGCCUUCUCGAAGAGGUGCUCCAACAGCAGAGAAUGCUCCAGUUGCAGCAUCAUCAGCUGAUCCAGCCAGCUUGUCACCAGCCUGCUCAGGUGUCUGCAGCGCAUUGUGUUCCCUCCUCUGACAAUUCUAGCACCUGCAAAACAUCCAAUUCCCUUUUGCUAUCAGAGCUUCAAAGGGAGAACUCCCUCGAACUGGCCUUUGGUGGCAACCAUCAGCUGCUCCAACCUCACCUCUUUGGGCUCAGUGUCUCACCAGUGUCUUCAGCUGCUCACCUUUUAGACACCCACCUGUUUAUCAGCAGCAAUGUCUCUCCAAUCGCCACAACCUUCUCCCACCCACAGAGUUUCUCUGUGCAGUCUGCAGGUUAUGAUGCAGUCGCACUGCAGCACGCGGACUGUGAAAUGGAGGACCUCACUUCAAACCAGCUGGGGAAAUUUGUCUUGGUUAAAUGAGAGUUUCAGCUACUACGGAGCUCACCUCUCUUUUGCAAAAGACUUACACCAUUGUUCCACGGCUAGCUGGCAUUGUGUGAAGGAUUGACUCUCAGAAGCAAUAAAUUUUGAAGUAUGUGAAGAAGCUGUCUCAGAAAGCUAAGAACUUUAUAGAACUUGAAACAAGCAAUAUGUAUGUCUUUUGGCUUCUACUAUUCUUGCACUGAACAAAUAUGAAUAGAAACUGAAAGAAACAAAACAUUUUUUGAAGAAAAAUAAUGAUAGGGGUUAGGGUGGGACGUGUGGGGGUGGGGCGGCAUGUAGCUGGGGAAGAACUCUUUGGUACUGUAUUCAAGUCAGACCAACACAGCUUUGCUUUUAUGCAGGACAGCUGUCAGUUGUGGUGACGUAACAGGGAGAGGCUUUUCAAAGAAGGGACCAGAGCCUCCCCUUUUCACAAUAUUUGUUUAUGGGUUUGUGAAGAUGAUUACCUCUUUAAAAAAAAAUAGUGUCAUGCAACAUUAUGCAGUGAUAGGAGGGAAGAAUGGAAGCAUUACCAUUUAUUUUUAUGAAGUUGAUGCUCAUUUUACUUUAACAGAACCAACAACUCCCACUCCCCAAAAACACAUGCUUUAAAUGAAAACUGUGAAAUUCUUGCUUGAUAUAUUGGCUGGGAGAGCUAAAAUAUUAUAAUUGUUAGCAAAGAAGCAAUUAAUCUCUUGGAAAUGUAUCCCCUGAUAUCAGGAUCCAGAUUGCAUAGUGUCUGGGGGUAUUUUCGUUGUUUGUUCUAAAUCUUUAGUAAUGUCUGUUUUUGUCUUGUGCUCUCUCUCUUCCCUCUUUUCUUCUCCCACCCCACCCUUUUUUUUUUUUUAAAUAAUAUUUUCUCAUGUUCCUGCAAAGGUAUUGGGGAUGGAAACAGUUGUAUUAGUGGGACAAAGGGGAUGGUUUUUGCUUUACCCCCUGCCUCCCACUCUCACCCCAGGGGUUGCCUUUGAAGUUGCCUGAGGGGUAUUUCUUAGUGCUGCAUAUUUUAUUUGCGCUGCUAAUUAAGUUUGUAUGCAUUUCAUUAUCAGGGUCCAAAUAGAACUGACUCUUGGGGAAACGUGCAAUAUUGAGGUUAUAAUCCUGUACUGACAAAGACAAAAGGAAUAGGCUAGAACAGAAUUUUACUCUAAAUGAGUACAGCUAUUUCUGAAAAAAACUGUAUUAAACUGAGUGAAACAGCACAA